UCUUUAGCGAAAUCUGACUCUGGCCUGGGUCAGAGUUUGGCCUUGACCACAUUUCGGCGAUACCAGAAAAGUCAUCGAACUUUGCGGUCGACCGAAAUAUUUUCUCGUCGCUGGUCGUGAAGAAGUGGCAGAUAAAAGCUGACCCUGCUGUUUAUACCAAACGCUGAGCGCACUUCCAAGCAAGUCUAAGCACAUCUCAAUAUCCGAAGGCAUAUUUCCAUAUUUCUGCGCGACAGCAGAUGCAGAAUUAUAAUUAGAAUUCUGAUUGUGUGGAGUGCAUUUUGGCGGGAAACGGCGCAGGGAUGGAAUGCCAAUGUCCCUCAUCGGGCAGAGGUAUUUAGAGGCAUUUCGGGCCUGGAGAGGUAAAAGAGUUCCUCACCAGGUAGACGGAUUGCUCAUGGAAAGAGAGAUGGUUUUAUGAUGCAAAUAAAAGGGAGACGAGUGACGUGGUGUGAGUGCAAUGAAUAGAUAGUCGCUCUGCUAUUGAAUUUGAGGUCUUUUUCCAGAGUUCUCUCACUCCGAGAAAUGGGCCGUGGAGGGGAGUCGAAAGAAGAAUGACUAAGAAGAACACAUUUUACUGGUAUAUAUCAAAUACCAACAAUUGAAAAUGGUGAAUGUGUGCCUUAUUACCUCGCUAUUUUCACAAUUUUACUGUUUCUCUCUCUCCCCACUUUUGUGUGUAUUUGAGAAAAUAUUAAUCCAAAGUUAGUUGUACUCUCAAUACACGCCAGAGAGCAACUAUAGUUUGGGCUUUCAGUUCGGAAUUAUAUCACAACCACGGCCAUAAACAUAAUGCCUUCCUAAGCCUCUCUCGCAGCCCGUCUCACUUGCACUCGUCUGGCUUUUUUGGUAUCGACCGUGUGCCUUUCCCAUUCAGGCCGGGUGAGAUAGUGGAAGAAGUGUGUGAAGGAGCCACAAAUACAGGGAGAAAGAACCCCGACUUGCGCCUCGCAUUUAGUCACAGACUAAGAGCUGUGGUAGUCGUGAGCGUUUAGUUGGCGAGACAGCACGCCAAGGGUGAAGUGCCUCGAGACACAUAUCGUACCAUCCCUCUCGCACCAACACGCCGCAACGGGGCGCAGCCAGGACCGCGAGGAUCGCAGGACAAGCACCAGCCAUGAAGCACGAAUAUGAGGCGGUGACACGUUUCAAGAAGCGCGAAAGGACGCAGAACUGGACGUUUUCGGAGAAGAAGUUCCUCCUGGACUUGUGCAAGCGCGACAUGAGGAUUAUUGAGAACAAGCGCCUGGACAGCGCUCUCAUUGCCCUGAAGAACAGGGCCUGGAAGCUCAUCCAUCAGCGCUUCGCCGCCACUUUCGGCCCAGACAGGAACUGCAACAGGCUGAAGGAGCAGUUCAGGCGUAUGAAGGCGCUCUCGCGCUCCGAGAUUCUGGACUACAGCCACAGGAUGAGCAGAUUCGGACAGGAGGUGGCGGACAGGAAGCGCCCUAGUCCGUUCUCCUUCGAGAUCUGGGAGUUCAUGCAGGACGCCAAGAAGGUGUGCAAGGCUGAGUGCAUGGACAACGUGGACUACUCGAAGAUGCACUCGUCGCUGGAGAGAGACGACCUGGACAGCAGCAACAGCAGCAAUCAGGACGACGAUUCGCUCUGCACCACAAUCAUGAACAAGACGUCCCACAACAUGGACAUGUGCGAGGUGCAGAUCAAGGAGGAGCCCGGAUUGAGCAUGGAGUGCCUCAGCGACGACGGGCAGUCGCCCAGACAAGUGGAGCAUCAGCUGGACCGCGGCAUCCCGGCCAGCGAUCUCAGCACCAUCGCGGCCACCAUCAACACGGUGAAUCUCAUGGAGAGCGUGAUGCCGCGCGACAGGUCCAUCCAGACUGAGCAGCAGUUCAACAUGCGCGAGUUCUACGAGAUGCAGGUGCGCGAGCACACGCUGCGGAUGGACAUCCUGAAGCUGCAGUUCGAGACGGCGAAGUACAACCGCGACAUCGCCAAGCUCAACAUGAACCUCACGCUCAAGGCGGUGCACAAGGGCUGAAGUCCAGCCGCU